AUGCCACGUCGUCGUCGUCCGCCUCGCCCCGGCGCGCUAGCAGAUCUCUCUCCUACCCGCAUCGCCUCCCAGAUUGUUCUCCUCCAACUCGCCUACUAUGCCUGCGCCGCCGUUCUAAUCGUCUUCACCGCCCUAGUCGCCGGCAAGGAGGUUAGUACAGACCUUCUGUUUAGCUGGCAGAGCCUCCGCGGCGAUACUACUGUUGGCUGGACCCUCGGUCUCGUCUGGGUGCUCAAUAGCCUUACCUGCGUCGUCUUCAUCUUUCUCCUCAUCGCGCGCUCCAAGCUCGUCCUCGAUUUCGCGCUUACAAUACACUUCAUCCACCUCAUCGUCACCUCGCUCUAUUCUCAUGCCAUCCCGACCAACCUCUUCUGGUGGGCGCUCCAGGCAUGUAGCGCUACCCUCAUGACGUCCUUGGGGGUAUGGGCCUGCCAGUGGCGAGAGUUACGACCCAUCAACUUCGGCCCUAAGACUGCCGCGAGGCAAGACGCCAGCGCUGUCGAGGAGAACCUUGGCGAGAGCAGAGGAAGGGGUAGGGGCAGGGGGAGAGAUGGCGGGGAGAUUAUGAAAUGGUAG